AUGAAGUUCUCACAUCUCCUCACCCAAGCAGUGAGCUUGUUGUCUCUGGGAUUGACAGUAGAGGCACACUUUACACCCUCAAGAAACGAUGCUGUCGGCCCUAAGCAUGCAUUCCGGCCCCUUCCUGAAAGUCAUGGUCGGAAAAGAACCUGCCAUGUGCGCAGCAAUGGAGACGGAACCGAUGACUCCAAGUAUAUCAUGGCUGCGUUGAGGAAAUGCAACAACGGUGGAAAGGUUGUGUUCGAUCAAGACAAGGAGUAUACCAUUGGCACGGCAUUAGACAUGACUUUCCUCAAGCAUGUCGACUUGGAGAUCUUGGGACGAGUUGUCUUUACCAAUGACACCGACUACUGGCAGGCCAACGCCUUCAAGCAAGUUUACCAGAACGCCACGACCUUCUUCCAGAUCGGCGGAGAGGACGUCAACGUAUACGGUGGAGGCACCCUGGACGGGAACGGCCAGGUCUGGUAUGAUCUCUAUGCGGAAAACGCUUUGAUCCUCCGUCCGAUCUUGGUUGGCAUCAUUGGCCUCCGUGGAGGUACCAUUGGCCCGCUGAAGCUGCGCUACUCGCCUCAGUGGUAUCACUUUGUUGCCAACUCCUCGGACGUCCUUUUUGACGGCCUGGAUAUCUCGGGAUACAGCACGAGCAAGAACACCGCGAAGAACACUGAUGGAUGGGACGUCUACCGCUCUAGCAAUAUUGUCAUUCAGAAUUCCGUGAUCAACAACGGCGAUGACUGCGUUUCCUUCAAGCCCAACAGCACCGAUAUCCUCGUCCAGAACCUGCACUGCAACGGCUCCCACGGCAUUUCUGUGGGCUCUCUCGGCCAGUACAAGGGUGAGGUAGACAUUGUGAAGAACGUUCUCGUCUACAAUGUUUCCAUGUUCAAUGCAUCUGAUGGAGCCCGUAUCAAGGUUUGGCCUGGUGUGUCGUCUGCCUUGUCCGAGGACCUCCAGGGAGGCGGUGGACUUGGCUCCGUCAGCAACAUCACCUACGACAAGAUGUACGUUGAGAACGUCGACUGGGCCAUCGAAGUCACCCAGUGCUAUGGACAGAGCAAUCUGACCCUCUGCAACAAGUACCCGAGCAACCUGACCAUCUCAGACAUUCACUUCAAGCACUUCACGGGAGUAACUUCCGCAAAACGCAGUCCGAAUGUCGGCACAAUUGUCUGCUCGAGUCCCAGUGUGUGCUCGGAUAUCUACGCGGAGGACAUUGAAGUCGUUAGUCCAAGGGGCACCGAUAACUUUGUCUGCACCAAUGUUGACAAGAGUCUGCUCGCUGUUAACUGCUCAUCCGGUUAA